CACAUUUUACAAACAGUGUAAUACAAAUAGAAAUGCAGCUACAGUAUCACAUAACAUACAUCUUGAAUAAAGUAUCAUUUGUCAUAAUAAUAAAGAAUAAAAAUAUCCAAAUGAAAGGAAAAAGUGUAUACAUGUAGGCCUUAAUUUUAAAUUAAAAAGCAAAACUGAAUACAUUGCAGAUGUCUACCGAUAUCUUUACAACAAAAUAUCUGAGGAUUCGACAUUAUGAAAUAGAAAUUCCAUUUUGAAAUUUACAUGACAAUUUCCAUGGCAUUAUUUUUAUUACACAUUCAUACAAUUUUAAAAUUCCCUGAUACACAUUUCAUCGAGACAAGUGGAAAAAACCUCAUGUCUACAUGAAAUCACAUGCCUGAAACUGCAAAUGUGUUUACAACACAGCUGUUGUUCUUGGAAAUACCCGUAGAGAUUAUUUGAACAUUGUUGUGUAGAUAUAUAUAAUUAAAACUGAAAAAAUACAUAUAAGUGAAACUAGAAAAACGAAACUAAAAAUCUGUACCUUGGGCAUUUUCUCAACAUUAUUAAAUUUCGCCAACAAUAAAUUCAAGAUCGAAUUUUUACUUUCCAUAAGAUAAAAUAAUGUGUUUUAGUUUAAAAAAAUAUAGUUAACAUGCUAAAACUAUUUUCACGGACAUUUUUGACCUUACUGGACGGAAAUGACGUCAGGACGCACGGCCAGCGUUCGCGCCGCUCGGGAGGAAGUGCUGUGCAGACAGUUCGGCCAACUCCGUAAGAAAAGAAAAAAAAAUAGAAAAAACACAAGGGAGGAAAAAAAACUCAUUGAAAUUCUUCAAUCGGGUGGGUUCGGAAAGACUCCGCAAACUACCCCGAUCGGAGGAAAUCCCCGGUGGGCGAAACAAAAGUCUUGUGAGCUGGGGUGAUGGAGGAUUCCCAUUUCAAUUCUUCAUAUUUCUGGUCCCCUGUACAGGGACAGAUUGAGAAUGCUGUAUUCCUCAAUAAGGUAAAAGAGCAGCUUGGUCAAGACAAAGGUCCCGCCUACUCGCAUGGCCCCGCCCACUAUCCCACCACAGCAGUGGUGGCGGUUGCUGGGGGACCAAUGGACUCAACGACAGCAAGGACACUAAAACAGGAGCAUGCACAACCAUCUCAGUCCUCACACAGUAUCACAGUGUUGCCGGUACCGCCUACUGGCAUCAUGACGGCAGCGGGUUUGGUCACUCUGGUGUCUCCAGUGUCAUCUGCUCAGUCUCUUAUUCCUGGACAUCCAUCCACCAUGAUAACAGUUCAAACUGACAAGAAAAAUGACUCUGUGCCCUGCUCACCGGUUAUCAUCCCGUUGCCGUCGAAACGAGGCAGGAAGAAGAAAGACACACUCCCAUUGGUUGGCUCACCUACUGGGACAGAUCCCUUGAUUUUGGGUCUUUCGGGACAGCAUCAUUCUGUCAACCCUUACAGUCUGUCUCCAGAAGAAGGGCAUGCUGGGAAAGAGGGUGGAAAAACAUACAGGUGCCGGAUGUGUGGUAUGACGUUCUGCAAUAAAUCAGACAUGCAGCUGCACUCCAAGUCGCACACGGAGGUGAAAGCUCACCAGUGUCCGCACUGCUCCAAAUCCUUCGCUAACACCAGCUACCUGGCCCAGCACAUCCGCAUCCACAGCGGUGCCAAGCCCUACACCUGCUCCUACUGCCAGAAGGCUUUCAGACAGCUCAGUCACUUACAGCAGCACACACGAAACCACACAGAAACCAAACCUCAUAAGUGUCCUCAUUGCUCGAAAUCAUUUGCCAACACAAGCUACCUUGCUCAGCAUGUACGAAUACACACAGGAGUUAAACCUUACACCUGUAGCUACUGCCAGAAGACCUUCAGACAGCUCAGUCACUUACAGCAACACCACAGGAUCCACACAGGAGACAGGCCAUACAAAUGUUCACAUCCUGGCUGUGAGAAGUCUUUCACUCAGCUCUCUAACCUACAGUCUCAUCGGCGUCAGCACAACAAGGACAAACCGUAUAAGUGUCUCCACUGCAACCGUGGUUAUGUAGACGCAGCCAGCCUGGAGGUUCAUCUGUCCACUCACACAGUCAAGCACGACAAGCUCUACUCCUGUGGUUUAUGCAACCGCACAUAUACCUCGGAAACAUAUCUGAUGAAGCACAUGCGAAAACACGCUCCAGAUAUGCUUCCGUCUCCACCCGGAUCCAACCAACAAAGUCACAGCCCCGGUCACGCAGGAGGAAGCAGCUCAGAUGGAGACACACAAAGCCAAGCCGAGAGGAGCCAUGCCUUCAUCCAGCCGGUCGGUGUGCCGUGCAUAUUCGACCUGAACCAAUACAAACCAGUACCUUCUGCAGAAGUUCAGUAUAAAACUGUCAGCGUGUCUGACAUCUCCCCUCACAAGGACCUCUGCAUCACUGUGGAGGCGUCCGCCAUACAGGUGGAACAUCUUAACUCCUGAGGAAUCCCAUGGAGAGAGAAAACUUUGGAGGUUAGAAAAAACUUUUGCAAUUGACGAAAUCCACACAAAGCUGUGGAUAUAGAAUGACUUUUCUUACGUGAUAUUGUUUUAUUUGUAUGAAGGAGCAAGUGGAUUUAAAUGGACAACAGUGAAGAAAACAGACUUUUGUAUUUUUUUUUUCUUUUCCAUUUUUUAAACAUAUUGCUGUAAUCCUGAUCUUCCUCCAAAAAGCUUCCUUGAAGACUGUUGCUGUUUCAAUGGGUACCCAGUUCAUAUCUCAAGUCUUUUCAUGAAAUUUCUGGUUUGUAUGAUUGUGUGCGUCUGUAGUUGUUGGUACGAUCACCGCACUGUCAACAUUAAUAUUGUUACUGUCAAUAAUAACGGAAAUAUUGUGUCUUGCACAGAAUGUAUGGGAAUUGUUGGUCUGUUUUUGUUUUUAAAAAGGGAAAUUUGUUCGCAGUCACAUACGUAAAACAAAAGUACAUAUGGUUAUCAGAUGUAUAGUGUGUGUGAAUGAGUAAAGGACAACAGUGAAUAGGACAACAAGAUGUAUCAACUAAUGUUGAUGGAAAAUGUUUUUCUUGAAAAAUUAUCCUGUUUAGUAUUUACAUUUGCAGAUGACAUGUAAUAUUCCAUAAUUACAUAAAUAGAAUAUAUGAUAUUCUAUUGUAACUACUGUUAUGCUAUCAAAAUAACUGUUAACAUGCAGCAACCUCUAGGCAUUAACAAAAUCAGAUUAGUGUGCAUUAACCCUUUAAAACAAGAUAUUAAAAAACAAAAAUUAUUGCUU